AUGCCUGUAAAAGGAAAGAAAUCUGGAAGUAUAAUCCUCACAGCAACAAAUAAACCAAAACCAAAUAACACAGGAAAUUCCACAUCGGCAAAAAAGAAACGGACUACGAAAAGGAAGGAGUCCUUCAAAGUUUUCAUCUUCCGAGUUUUAAGGCAAGUCCAUCCCGAACUUACGAUGUCUAAUCGCUCUAUGGGUAUAAUGAAUUCGUUUGUCAUCGACAUAUUUGAAAGAAUUGCCUCUGAAGCGUCCAAACUUGCGAAGUAUAGCCGCCGGCCGACCAUGAACAGUCGUGAUAUCCAGACGGCAGUUCGCCUACUGCUUCCAGGGGAACUGUCCAAACACGCCGUGUCGGAGGGAACCAAAGCUGUCGCCAAGUAUACAAGCUCCACUUAG